GAAAGAAAUUCCGUUCCCAAUAACUUGUUCAAAUUCCAGAUUUUGACCUAACUUGGCUUUGAUCCCUUUCUUCUCCAACCCAAAUUUCAUCGACCCUAUCAAACCCUCAGAAUGAAUUUGUUGGUGGACUCUAAUCAAGCUAGAAGCAACUCACUCAUCUCUGAAGCAGCAUCAGAGAGAACACUAUAUCCAUAUGUGACUGGUACGUCUGUAAUUGGCAUCAAAUACAAGGAUGGUAUUCUCAUGAUGGCUGAUAUGGGAGGUUCCUAUGGGUCAACCCUGCGUUACAAGAGCAUGGAGCGAUUGAAGCCUGUUGGGAAACACUCUCUCCUAGGUGCAAGUGGAGAAAUUAGUGACUUCCAGGAGAUUUUGCGCUACCUUGAUGAGCUAAUCUUGUACGACAAUAUGUGGGAUGAUGGGAAUUCCAUGGGACCUAAAGAAGUGCAUAACUAUUUGACUAGGGUGAUGUACAAUCGUCGCAACAAGUUUAACCCAUUAUGGAAUUCGCUUGUACUUGGUGGAGUAAAGAAUGGACAGAAGUAUCUUGGAAUGGUUAGUAUGAUUGGCGUUCACUUCGAGGACAAUCAUGUGGCAACUGGAUUUGGAAAUCACCUUGCGAGGCCAAUCCUCCGCGAUGAAUGGCAUGAGAACUUGAGUUUUGAAGACGGUGUUAGGUUACUGGAGAAAUGCAUGCGGGUACUUCUCUACCGUGAUAGAUCAGCUGUCAACAAGCUUCAGAUAGCGAAAAUCACAGAAGAGGGCAUGACAAUUUCGCAGCCCUAUGCAUUGAAAACUUCCUGGAAUUUGGCUGCGUUUCAGAAUCCAACUGCGGGUGCUGAAGGAUCUUGGUAGAGCUGAUGUGGCUUGGAUAUCAAAAUUCAUCAGCGCCUUGGAUUGCCGAAUUUAUAAGCUGGCGCAUCUUUAUUUUAUGCCUAUCUGUAAUGGGGUGCUGAAAAUCUGGAAUGGCCAGCAAAACAAACAUUUCUUUGCUUCCUUUGAAUGGUUUCGAGAACGUUGUUGAUUUAACAUUUUUAUUGUAUGUGAUUGUGAGGGGGGUGUCAAUAUCUAGCAGUUGAUUUACUAUAUAUGAUGCAAUUGUUGCACAAAAGUUGUUGCCUCCUGGAUUUGACCCUCAAAUAGCAAAUGCAGGAUUAUGAAGUGGGAAUCUUCUUUUACUCUGUAAUCUUAGAAUCAGCUGCUUAUGUAUCUUUCUGCUUCCAAGGGAGCCGCUUUCUUGA